CAUCUUGUCUCUCUCUCCUUACCUGCGUCCUCGGGGGCGUGCACACCACCCCCCCUCCCGACAAGGAGGGGGAGGGCCCCCUCUUGGCCGCCGCUUUCGCGGCCUUUAAAUUCCCUUGGGGACCACGGUUAUUGCCACUGCCUUGCCGCCACCGCCUCCUCUCGCGGCACAGAGAUGCGGGUGGUGGGUGGGGAAAAAGGGAGACGCUACUUCCAGCAAACCGCCGCCGCCGCUCCCGAGGCCUCACCAAAAUGGCCGCCGCCGCCUCGGCCGCCACCGCCACCACCACCGCCACAGCUCUAUCGCUGCCGCCGGCGCGGCCCGUCCUCUCGCGAGACGCAGCAACUUGGGCAAACACCAGGGAUUGAAAACCCAAAAGCCUGA